GAGACACUCUACAGAACGAGGUUCCUCGAAGUUGCAGCCGACAAGGAUAUCUUCAGCAUCAAGCAAAAGACCGGAACCGCUAAGGGAACGCCGGUUAGUUUCGUUUCACGUAGAAUUUCAAAAGCAGCGCUUGGCACUUGUCAGACUGCCUUGAUAACAGACCCUUCUGUACACAUUCUUAAUGUUUAUUUGUUAAGGACGUCAGCUCAACGAUAUAAAUUGCGGAGUCGACACUGAGGCCACCAUCUACGUCAACUUUGGGCUUUUCGAAAAAGCCAAGAAGAGAAAGAAGAAGGCCAACACCACUCCAAAGAAGAAUAAAAAAGAAACAAGAUCAAGCGCGUCGUCCUCAAGUACUUCAAGGUAAGAACUGUGUAUUUUCCCAGGAAAAUCAGCUCUGGAUAGAAAGUUUAGAAUGAUAAAAGUUUUGUCUUGAAACGAUGCAAUUUUUCACAUUUUCAGAUCGACGAGAACGACAAGACCCACCGUCUUUGCAAGGAAGUCAACAACCAUCCUUCGAAGGAGGAGUCUUCAAGACUCCAGCACGCCAACAGGUGCUACUGCGGAAGAUGUCAAGUCAACUCAUCGUUGACAUCGCCACGGCCGCUGCCACCUCUAGCAAGAAGCGAUGAUAGAUGGAGAAGAUG